AUGGCUGCUGAGACUGAUGGCUACGCCAAAAAUGUUGAUGAUGGCUUUUCUAACAACGUUGCGCCACGUAACAAAAGACGAGAUUAUGAAUGGCAAAUAGUAUGGAGAAACGUUUUAGCGUUUAUCUACUUACAUGCAGCUAGUAUGUAUGCACUAUAUCUUAUCUUUACUGGAAAAGCUAAGCUGGUGACGUUUUUAUUUGCCAUGGUUUUCGCUUCUACAGCAGCUAUGGGCGUUACAGCGGGCGCUCAUCGGUUGUGGGCGCAUAGAGCUUACAAAGCUCGGUGGCCACUGAGACUAUUCCUGGCUAUAUUACAAACUAUAGCAUUUCAAAACCAUAUUUACGAAUGGGUCCGAGAUCACAGAGUUCAUCACAAAUACACAGAGACAGAUGCGGACCCUCAUAACGCCAAAAGAGGAUUUUUUUUCUCUCACAUUGGAUGGCUGAUGUUACGGAAGCACAAAGAUGUCUUAGAAAAAGGUGCUUCGGUGGAUAUGUCAGACAUUGAAAGGGAUCCGAUCGUCAUGUUUCAGAAAAAGACUUAUCUAGUAGUGAUGCCACUACUAUGUUUCAUCAUGCCGACAUGGAUGCCAGUCGCUCUAUGGAACGAGAACGCAUGGGCAUCCUGGUAUGUGGCAUCCAUGUUCCGCUACACAAUAUCACUCCAUUUUACAUGGUUGGUCAACUCAGCAGCCCAUAUCUGGGGCAAUCGGCCAUACGAUAAAUACAUAGGCGCCACAGAUCAUAAAGUUGUCGCGAUGUUAGCCUUUGGAGAGGGCUGGCACAAUUACCACCACGUGUUCCCGUGGGAUUAUAAGGCAGCUGAGCUGGGAGAUUAUAGGACUAACCUCUCAACAGCGCUAAUAGAUUUAGCUGCGAAGUGGGGUCUAGCAUACGAUUUAAAGACAGUUUCCAUGGAGAUGAUACGGAAACGAGUUACAAGAACUGGAGAUGGAACUCAUCCAUUAGGAAUGAAGAAUGAAGAAGACGACCACCAUCAUCCUGAGAAUCCCAUUUGGGGGUGGGAUGACACGGAUAUGCCGGAAGAAGACCGAAAGUUAGCGGAAAUUGCUAACAAAGAGGACUAA